UACGACAGAUGCAGUUUAAUCGAGCUCGUUCUAGUACAGUGUGUGUACGUGUGCGUAGGAUGCUACAUAGCUUUGCAUUGUGUUUUCUCACGUAAGCUGAUCGACAACAACUUCCAAGAGACGCAAUUGCUUUGUACCUGUUAUUUCAACUCUUUGCGACUGUGAAUCCUCCAGAUCUUUCAUCGAUCUGUAUACACACUUACACAGAAUACCUGGAAAAUUUCACCAAAUUUUUCAUCUAUCGCAGUUCAUUAGCGCUGAUCGUCUGCAACUGUAGGAAGCAUGAAUUCAGUGAGGGGUAAGAUCGUGUAUGAAUGUGUUUCACAACGAGACAUUUCUGUGAUAUGGACUGAUGAUCCACCAGAUCGACCAGCCUUUCAAACCUCUCAACUAAGUCUUGCACCCUCUGCUACCCCGCAACACAGCAUUGGCUUCAUUGAGACCAAGAAGAACCCACAGGGUUUCUUUGGAUUGACGUCACUUGCAACCUGUUGUUUAAAGAAUCCAAGGCACUACCGAUGGAUCUUGACACUGGUUAUCUCUCUAAUCUUUGCCUGUGUUCUUGGGUUCUUCAACAGCUUUGGUACCUUGUACAUUUGCCUUCGGAGAGAUCUACAAUCAUCUGCAACAGAAACUGGUUGGGUAGCAUCACUAGCAUGGUCUCUGUGUCUACUCUCUCCUCUCAUCACGGCCCUUUAUCAACGUGUGGGUCCCCGCCUUAUCUCAAGCCUUGGCAUCAUACUGUGCUCUAUCGGCCUCUUCACCUCAUCAUUCGCUCAGAACAUCUGGACACUUUACCUCACUUUCGGCAUGAUAUUCGGAGUGGGUGUCAACUUUCUCUUUGUGAGCUCUAUCAACCUGAUAACAUCGUACUUUGAUGGUCAUGAAUGCACCAUGCCCACGGUUCUGCCCGGAGUCGGUGCUACGGCUGGUAUGCUGGUCUUCUGCCCUGUUCUGGAGAUUGUCUUCACCAGCUAUGGUUGGAGGAUGUCCCUUUGUGUUAUUGCUGCUAUAAUCCUAGUCACUGGUCUCGCUGGAUGCCUGCUCUUCCGCUUACCCCCGACUCCUGAGAUAGGAUGUGGUAAGGAUGAACAAGGAGAACUGGAGAAGUUUCAACUGAAGGCACUCCGAAUGAAAGAGACAAGAGAAAAGGCAAAAAAAUCAAGAGCCAACUACAAGCAGUUACUGAAAGAUCCGAUGCAUUGGGUUUUCGGAGUUGCUACUCUCAUUUCUAGUAUGACACUGCUCUGCAGCGUAAUAAAUUUGGUGGAGUUGAUUUCCUUAGCUGGUUACAGCGAUGAAAGAUCAGCAUUCUUUAUGUCCAUCCUUGGGUUUGUAGACACAGGAGGACGUCUUAUCAUUGCUUUCUUUGGUGAUAAACUUCCAUGCUCCCGUAUUCUUGUUAUGCCUGUUGUAUGUUUACUGACUGGGGCAGUCACAUUCUUAUUGACCAUUACAAAUCAGACUGCUGCAAUAAUUACCUAUGUUACUGUGGUUGGUAUAGCACGUGCCAUCCUCUAUUCCAUCAUGUAUGCUUCAUCUGUGGAGACCUUUGGUCAUGCAGUCCAUCAAGAGUCCUUUGCCAUCCUGCUGUUGAUGAAUGGUGUUGGUUGUCUUUUGGCGCCGCUCAUACCCGGUUUGAGUUUCGAUCUCACCGGUUCCUACAAGAUGGCCAACUACUUCUUCAGUUUUCUGUGGCUGGUAGCCUGUGGCAAGUUCCUUGCUGUGUAUAUAAUGAAGAACUACCGCAACAAGAAGAUGGUCAAAUCUAAGAGCGAUAAGCUAGAACAAGAAAAAGAGGAAGCGCACAAAGUGAAGCGAGGCUAUGGUGUAGAUGCAAGCAGCGAUUUUGAAGAUGCAAUGGAACCGUUAACCGUAGAACCACCACCUCGCAAUAAUCAUCUCAGUGAUCAAGUUCCUGAUGUCAUACUGCAAAAUAUCAAAAUCCAUAACAUUUCAUCAGUGUAAGGCAUAUAUGUAUAUGAUAAUCUGUACUACAGAUAUAGGGGAGAGGAAUGAUUCGCUGUUUUGUAUGGAGUGUUGGUGAAUACCUCUUUUGAUAAUGGGCAAUGCAAAUAACAUCUGAUUGACAGUGUCAACUAAUUCCUUAAUUUCUAAACUAUUGUUCAGGUUUCAUGAACUCUCCCGAUGGUUUAAAGAGAUCUAUGUAGGCCUCAUCAUAAUUCAAAAAUUGUUUCAACAGUGACGUCUACUUUUUUGAAAUUGUUUUGAAAUCUUUAUCGAACCCGUUCUAUGUAACUAGUUUCUUUCAACUUUGCUCACAUAGUCAUAUCACAUCCUGAAUUUGGCAUUGAUUCAAACAUGCAUGAACAUCUUAAAGA